AUGGCACCACUCAAGAUGCUAUUUGCGACACCGGAAGAGCCGAAGACCGAGCUCGGUCGAUACCGCAUCCUCUCGAGUACAGCAGGUGUUCGCGUCUCCCCGCUUGCGCUUGGGGCCAUGUCCAUCGGGACGUCUUGGUCCUCGUUCCUAGGCUCUAUGGACGAGGAACAGGCUUUCAAGCUCUUGGAUGCCUAUACCGAAGCCGGGGGAAACUUCAUCGACACAGCCAACAAUUAUCAAAAUGAGGAGUCCGAACAGUUCAUCGGAAAAUGGAUGGCUGCACGAAAGAACCGGGAUCUUCUAUUCGUGGCCACCAAGUUCACCAAUUGCCACCGCUCGCACGAGCUUGGGACCGGAAAGACAGUCAACUAUGCUGGCAAUCACAAGAAGUCGCUAUAUCUAUCUGUGGAAGAUUCUCUGACCAAGCUACAAACAAAAUACAUCGAUCUUCUCUAUGUGCACUGGUGGGAUUGGACAACUUCGAUCGAAGAGCUCAUGGACUCCCUUCACAUUCUUGUUCAGGAAAGAAAAGUGCUAUAUCUUGGAAUCUCGGAUACUCCGGCCUGGGUCGUGGCCGCUGCCAAUGUAUACGCGAGAGAUCAUGGCAAGACUCCAUUCUCUGUUUACCAGGGCCGCUGGAACUUGAUGCGCCGCGACUUUGAAAGAGAUAUCAUUCCUAUGGCCCGUCACUUCGGCAUGGCGCUUUGCCCAUGGGAUGUCUUGGGUGGAGGCCAGCUGCAAACUGUGAAGCAGCUUGAAGCCCGUCAGAAGACCGACGAAGGGGGUCGGGGUCUUCAUCAGACCGAACAGGCUAAGCGGAUGAGUGCAGCCUUGGAAAAAGUGGCUUCGGAGCAUGGAACCGCAAGUAUUCAGCAAAUUGCGCUGGCAUAUAUUUUGAAUAAGUCAAAGAAUGUCUUCCCGCUCAUUGGUGGUCGCAAGGUGGAGCACCUGCAGGACAACAUCGGCGCUUUGAGUAUUCGCUUGACGGCGGAGCAGGUCAAGCAUAUUGAGAGUCUCACGGAGUUUGAUAUCGGUUUCCCGAUGGACUUUAUUGGGGAUGAUCCCAAGGAAGUGGGUAGCCAGCCUCCUAUGAUGGAGGUACUCACUGGUGCUAAGAUUGCCUGGUAG